AUGAACAGAACUCAAGCAAUGAACGAGUUCUGCAAGCGACGACCCCCGACUUUCCAUGGAGACACCAACCCUGUCAUAGCCGAGACAUGGCUCAAUGAGGUCAAUAUGAUCCUCAGAACCCUAGGGAUCACCAGGGAUGGAGACCGUGUGGCCUUGGCCACCUACCAGCUAAAGGGAGAAGCCCGAUACUGGUGGGAUCUGAUGGAGGCAACUCAUGAUGUUGACACCAUGACGUUUGCCGAGUUUGAAGCUCUGUUCCUUGACAAGUACUUCCCCACGCCCCUUCGUCUGGCCAAGGAACAAGAGUUCCUAAAUCUGAAACAGGGAACGAUGACCGUUACCCAGUACGCGGCCAAAUUCGAGGAACUAUCCUGUUACGCCCAAACUGCCAUCGCAACCGAGGACAAGAAAGCAAGAAGGUUCGAAUGGGGGCUGACCACCGCUAGAAGAGCUGUGGUGGCUCAAGCUUUCCCCACCUAUGCUGAUGUCGUGAAGUGUGCUCUUCGGUUAGAAAGCGAGGAGAAUGACUUCAAGACUCGAUGGAGGAAGGCGACAGGCAACGUUGGCGGACCAAUCCGAACCCAACCAUCCAGCAACAACCGUGGACCCUACCCUACUAAGCCCUUUACCCUGAUUCAGAACAACCAACCUUGGAGGGCUACUGCACUAGGGCGUGGUGAGCCGCAGAGAGUCGGCCAAGACAAAGCAUCGGUUCAAUGCUUCAACUGCCAAGCCAUGGGCCACUACAAGCGUGAAUGCCCCCAGCCUCCGAGAGAAAGGAAUGGGAGCUUUGGAAAUUAG